AUGCCCGACGCCGCCGCCUUUGCGUCGCAGAUGGACCCGCUCCUGUCGAGCGAGGCCUUCUCUCCCGCUCCGCCCUUGUCGUCCCGUGGACCGCUGCACUCUGGAUCGACGUGGGCCGGCGUGCAGCGCAGCGGGCGCAACUCGUACGAGGUCACCGUCAAGCUCGACACCGUCGACAUGACGACGGGCUCGCUCACGGGCACGCUCGAGAUCAAGGGCCUCACGCCUGAGCUCGAGAGCCUCGUCACGUUCUUCGAGGGCGAGAUCGUCGGCGAGCCAGGCGGCCCAGGGUUUCGCACGGCCAAGUACGGCGCGACCGAGGUCGACGACCUCAAGCACUGGCGCCGCUUCCCGGCGUUCACCCGCAACCGCCUCGAGAACCAGCUCGUCAAGCCCGGCCUGCACCUGCGCAACGCGGCGCAGCGGCCGUUCGUCUUCAUGCGCUGGAAGGAGCAGUUCGUCACGUCGCACAGGGUCGAGGCGAUCCACGGUGCGAGCUACGCCGGCUUCUACUACUGCUGCCUCGACUGCGACCCGUCCACCUUCACGCCCGACACCGUCCCGCACCGCGGCAUCUCGCCCGCCCCUCCCCGUCCUUCCCCUCCAGCGCCUCGCACCCGACGCACCUCGUCGUACAGCCGCGGCAGCGAGACGACGGGCCUCUUGUCGCAGACUCGCCCCGUCGGCGCGCGCGCCUCCUCGGUCUCGCCGCCGCAGCCGACCGUCAACCUCCCUGCGGCGGCCUCGGCGCCGGCGACGGCACGCCCUGGUCCGCCUCGUCGCGGCAGCAGCGGCAGCUUCUCGUACGCGGCGGCGCUGCGAGGCGACAGCUCGGUCGACGGCGCCUUGUCGACUUCCCCGACCGCCUCUUCCUCGUCCUCUCCUCCGUCCUCGUCGACCUUGUCUGCGCUCGGUCUUCCGCCGUCCGCCGACCUCCCGACGCCGAAGCACGAGCUCGACUCGGCGUUCCCGUCGCUCGCCUCGGCCGAGGCAGCCCCAUCGCCCGCCGUCAACCUGCCGCCGAUGUGGCAGGCGCUCGCCAACUCGCCGCAGCUGCGCUCGCUCGCGCCGCUCCACCCUGCGCCUCCUGCCGACACCGCCGCCGACGCUCUCGCCGGCGUCGAUGACGCCGAGUGGCCCGCGCCGACACAGGCCUCUUCGUCGACUUCGGAUUCGACCCGUCCCUCGGGCGCCAUGAUGCGCCGCAUGAGCUCCGACGUCGCGAGCGUCCUCGCAAAGACGCGGCGCGGUCGCUCGGGUGCGACGGGCGCGGGCGGGAGGAGGAGGAGCGUCGUCGAGCAGGUCGCCGAGGACGACGAGGAGGACGACCGCGGGCUGAGGAGCUGGACCGACGCGACCAUCACCGGGUUCUACUUCCACCACUCGGCGUCGCCGUACCAGGAGCUGUCGCUCCGCUACGUCUCGGCGACGCAGGGCGGCAGCUCGAGCUUCGGCUUCCGCUAGAGCCCUCACCUCCUGUACUCUCUCUUACCUAUCGCCUCUGUCGCCCCUCCUGUUGUCGCCCGUCCCUCCGUCGUCGAGUUUCCCCCUUCCCCUUGUUGCGCGUCUCUCGUCCCCCCCGCCCUCUCUCUCUCGAGUUCUCUCCUGUCGUAGUGCGCCUGUCGAUGCAAAGCAGUUCCCGUUGCAGCCUG